UCUUUAGCUCUCUCCUCCUUCUCCUCCUUCUCUCCUUCUUCUUCUUCUUCUUCUUCAUCAUCACCAUCGCUCUCGUCUUUGCUUCUUCUCCUCCUUCUCCUCCUCCUGAGCUUCUCAUGUGGGUUUCUUUCCCUUAGCGCGAUCGCCUGCUUCGAAAUCUCUCUCUUGAUCGCCUUUUCCGGAUUUGAUCGGGGAUUUGUGUAAAUGUGAGCUGAUUUGCCGUUUGGUUUUCAGCAGUAUCUUCUUCUGGGGUCAUCUUGGAGGGCCAACGCAUUCAAAAGGUCUCCAAUGGAGGAAGAUCUUCACCAAGAGACUAAGCUGAUGGCUAGCAGCCGCCGCGUGUUCUACAUCAAGCUGAACAUCCAAAAAGCUCAGUGCAGCAGCGACAAGGACGACAGCAGCGGCUAUGAGGAAGAAGAGGAGGAUGCUGAGUAUCCGCCGGCAGCGGCAACUGAGUCGACUUCAAAGGUAUGCAUGUUUUGCAGGAAAGGGUUUAGCUCAGGAAAAGCCUUGGGCGGUCACAUGAGAAUUCACGUUCAGUCCACUAAACAGCCUCUGCGCAAGAAGAUUCACAGACAGAAGCUCAAGAGAAGCGGUAGCAACAACAACAGCCGGGGGAGCUCGGCCAAGAUGGCGGGAGGCCAGGAGGAUCUUCCGACUUGUGUGAUUUGCCACAAGAGUUUCCCUUCGAUGAAGUCGUUGUACGGGCACAUGAGAUCGCAUCCCGAGAGGAAAUGGAGGGGAGUGCAGCCUCCUCCAGCCACCACGGCCAAACAAAGCUCGUCAUCCACUGUCUCGAAUUCCGUGGUCGUUCGGAAGGCGGACGAUGAUCAGACUGGUUAUGAUGAUGAGGCUAAGGAGAGGAGCUCAAGUGUUGUUGAUCUAUCGAAGUCCGUCCCUGGAUGGGGGGUCACCGCUAAGAGAGGCAAGAAAGCUGGUACACCCUCUGUCACUGGCUCGGCCUCGGGCUCCGGAUCGGGAUCGUGGUCCGGUUCAGGCUCGGGCGACGGUGUGGGUUUUGACGCACAGGCGCAAGAAGCUCUUGUGAUGCUUGCUAAUGGGAAUCCACCGAGUAAAGUCUCGCCAUUGAUCAGGCCCAGAAUUGAGGCAACAACUGACGACAAGGAGAUGGAGAACUACAAAGCGAACUGCUUCAUAGGUUCUUAUUCUGUUUUUGAAGCUAGAAACUGCAGUGAAACAGCAGAAUACAAAGACCUGGAGGCCUUUUCAGAAACUGGAUUAAAACGUAAAGAGCCUGUAAAUAUGAUGAUGAACUGUGUUGAAGAAAAACAGGUGCAGUGUUCCUACUAUGAACUCGUCCGCAAGUUGAAGAAGAGGAAAAGGAUCAAGAGGUUGAGAGACUUGGAAGAAGUACAUGCUGAUUACGACGUCCAAAAAAGGAUCAUGGAUCCUGUGACACCUUCUAGGUUCAAGUGCAGUAUUUGCAACAAGUCCUUUUCAAGCCACCAAGCCUUGGGUGGUCACAAGUCCAACCACAACAAGCCCACCAAGAACAGUCGAACUAUCGCAAGCGAUAACGGAUCCGUGUGGGCGGAGUUCUCGGCAGUGCGCGGGAGUUACAAGCUUAAUGCAGACUUGAGUACCCCAUCUAGCCAAGCGGCUAAUUCGCCCGGCGCCGCCAGCGAGACGAGCGGCAAAGUCCUGGGUUUCGACCUCAACGAGCUCCCACCAAUGGAGGAUGAUAAGGAAGGGGUUGCUGGUCUUGGUGCUGAUUCUGGGCCUUGUGGUGUCUGAACCAUGUAGGGGAGCUGGUUUUUGUACAUUCCCUCUGACAAAUUCGGUUUAGCAAGAAUCCACUGUUAAAAAGCUCAGAACUUUGAUGUUCCUAGGAA